CUUCCAGGCUGCGUCACUCUACGCGAUUACGUCACGGAUCAGGAAGCACAGUACUUCACGGUAGACACAUUACGUUUUUGUGUUCAUUUUUGAAUUGCCAAAUACGCAACAGCCAAAGCACAACUCCUAAGGCACAAACACACUCUGGCAGACAUGUCAUAUGGCAAAGCAGAAACCUACCACCCUGUGCCACAGGACUUCAACACCCUCAUACAGACAUGCAGCUCCAACAUCCAGAAGAUCACACAAAACACUGCUCAGAUCAAGAGAAUGGUGAACCAGCUCGGGACCAGACAGGACACUAGUGAACUCCAGGAUCGUCUGCAGCAAAUUCAACACUAUACCAACCAGCUGGCAAAAGAAACUAAUAAGCACCUGAAAGAGUUGGGAUCAAUCCCUUUGCCAUCAUCACCCUCAGAGCAAAGGCAGCAAAAAAUCCAGAGGGAGCGUUUGAUGAAUGAUUUCUCAGCAGCUCUCAACAACUUCCAAGCAGUCCAACGCCGUGCUGCAGAGAAAGAGAAGGAGUCCAUAGCAAGAGCAAGAGCUGGAUCCCGCCUAUCGACAGAGGACAGUUCUCGGGAUGAGAAGCUUGUGUCUUUUGAUAACCAAGAGGACUGGAGUCAGAUAACCACCCAGGCAGAGGAGGCCUUCACAGAGGAGGACCUGGAGCUCAUCAAGGAGAGAGAAACAAACAUUAGACAGCUGGAGUCUGACAUCAUGGAUGUAAACCAAAUUUUCAAAGACCUGGCAGUGAUGAUCCACGAUCAGGGAGAAAUUAUUGAUAGCAUUGAGGCCAAUGUGGAAAAUGCUGAAGUUCAUGUAGAACGAGGAACAGAGCAGCUCCAGAGAGCUGCUUACUACCAGCAAAAAUCCCGGAAGAAGAUGUGUAUCCUUGCUAUGGUUUGUUCCAUCAUGCUUGUCAUACUUGGCAUCAUUAUUUGGCAAGCAGCUAAGUGAGCUGACAACCAAUGCAUCACUACUGUAUUUUACUCUGCCCACUCCCAUCUGCAAGUACCUGCUUGGAAUCAUGAGAAGAAUAAGAGGCUGAUCACUUCAAUAAGGUCAGCAAAAUAGAUCUAUGCAGAGGGAUGUUGAAUGUGGAACAUCGGAACUGAUCAAGCCUGUUUUUAUGAAAGCUGUGACAGAUAUUUACACUGAGAUGGAGCGGAUGGAUGACUGAGCUGGUGUAGGGGAGCAAUUUAAGAUAUGAAAUUCCUGCAUUUCUUCUCUUAUUUACUACACUAACAAUAGCUAUGCCAAUGACAACAAAAACACAAAACUUGAUGAAGUAAAUGUAUGUGUUUUUAGGGGCUGUAAAUAAUUUUGUUACCUGUUAAUCUUCUGAUGUAACAUUAUAGGACCUACAUGAGGCCUGGUGAUAAUGGCAGCCAUGGUUGUAAAAUAAACUUACCAAUAUCUAUCUACAUGUCUGUGAAUAUGACAGUGCUGUAUUAUAUUCCACUCACUCAAAACAUUAUGGAGGAUAAAUGGCUAUCUCAACAACGAAACAAAGUUUUCAGACAAUACAUUUUUAAAUUGAUUUCUAUGACUUCCUUACAGUAUGCGUAAUAAAUGUCUUACUCUUC